GGGUUUUUGGCAUUGGUUGCAUUCUUAUGACUGCCCAUGAUUCGUGCAUAGGUUGCAGUAAAGGUUUGAUAUUCCUGAUAGAAAUCUGUUAAAAAAAAAAAAAAAUCUGUAGAACAAGAUUCCUUCUUCUCAGUCUCAUGACUGUGACAUCAGCUAAACUUUAUUGCUCUUUUAGAACAGGAUACUAGAGGCACACUAUCAGAAUGCAUGCAGUGUUCUUUUGACCAGACAUGUUUCCUUGUUGCUGUAAAUGUUUCACAAAAACUUCAGCUGAUGCCGAGAGGCAGCCUUUAUCAGCACGAACUAUCGGACCAUACUCAAAAGCAGCAUAUGGGACGGAUUCACUGGAGACUGCUAGAGAUACAACUGUGAAAAAAGGUAAAGUUAAUGCAAAGCUUGUCGGUGUACCAGACAUAGAUCAUCUCUUCACAGACAUUGGUGAUACCUUUAACAAACAACACCAACAUUGCCUUGAAAUAUCGGAAUACAUCAGGCAAGUAAAUGAAAGCUACAAGUGCCCUCCAAAUAGCAGCUUCUCUGUUUGUCUACAAAAAAUAAAGGAGAAACACAGAGAUCUUGAAAUUAAUGUACAAAUGCAAGGGUAUAGCUUCAUGCUGGAAGUACAACCAGAGGGAGCCCAUGAAAAAUUGUUGCACACUCAGCAACAAAUAAAAAACUUGAGUCUUGCAACUAAAUCAGUGCUUGCUGCAGGAACAACGCUACAGGAAAUGAUUAACUAUGUUCUACAGAAAGAAGAGGAACUUACUGACAGAGUAAAGAAAAUGGACUUAGCAUACCAGGACAAGGUACGAGUAGAGAGUAACUUAAAAGAAAACCUGCAAGAAGUGAGGAGAACAAAGCAACUGUCAGUCCAAUACAGAGAAACUGCCAAUCAAGUCCUGGCAGAAAUGGCUCAGUUAGCUGACAUAACCAUUUAAAUCAAGCAAGAUUUUUACUAUUCAGAUAAACACAACAUCCAUAUUAUUAUGAAGCCUUCCACAGUGUUCAGGAUGAAAUGUGAAACAUUUUUGUUGUACAUACUAAAAUAAACAGCACAGCUAUUUUCAUUGUAAAUGCUUACUUCUUGGAAACACUUAAAGGUUUAUGAAUCAAUGUAUCAUUCUUACUAAACAUUGUCAUAGCCUGCAAUUAUUCUAAGAACAAGGAGUUCAUUAAUGCAUAUUUAGUGUAAUAUAAACAGUUUGCUCUGUUUCUAAUGAAUUUAGAUCAACAUUUUCUAUCUAGGGAGAUUACAUUAUAAUGAUGGAAGGGAUUCAAUCUACUUGGUUGUGAUGAGAGGAAAAGAAUUUCACAAAAUUCUUAUAUUUUCUGGAAACUGCAUCAUCAAUGUAGCAAUCAACUUUUCUGGCAAAAUAUUUAACUAGAAUUUCCUAAUGCAAAAUUCUUGACUUCCUGUUAGAUUAUAGUCAGUCUAUGUUUUUCUACUUGAUUAAUUAAUUAUAUUGUAAAGCCUAGCAGUACUCUAUGAGCAGCAGAUCAGAUUCCAAUACUAAGGAAAAUUACAAAAUAAUUUCCUUACAAAAGUACAUUUAUUUAUUUAUUUUUAAAGUGUAAUUGUCUUAAAUUUGAUUUCUACUAUAAAUAAAUCUUGCAAUGGAAUUGCAGAUACAUUGUCUUGAUUUCUUUUGUAACAUUAAUUAAACAGACAAAUACAUACAUUUUGUUGAUAAUUGGCAUAUGCUUCUUUUGUUGAUCUCCAUAACUACAUAACAUGGUAUUCUUCUAGUGGUCAGCGAGUUUUCUUAUUUAUUCAUAAUAAAGGAAAAAUAUCCCAAACUA